CGCGAGAGUAUGUCAGAGGAUGAAAAUCCCGUGUGCGUGCUAAGAACAGAGAAUGCUGUAGCGGCUGUCAACCGGAAGUGAUAUUGUUGCACUUUGCAGACACAGCAGGUCAGGACCAUCUAUGUGCAGGUACACUCAACCGUGUUGACCUGGCAGGAAGUGGGUGUCAGUCUGAGACUGGUGCUCCUCGCGAACGACUGUGCAAUGCCUCCCAAGAUCAACCUUUCCCUCUCGCCUUGGACAACCACUAUGAAGAGAGCGUGAGCAUGCUGCACCAUACCAACGGAUCCAAGAGCAUCCAGAACAGACCUCCAAUCACCGAGGACCCCAAGGACCCUCUGCUCAGAGAAGAUCAGGAGGAGAUCAGGAAGUUGUGGGCCCUCAUCUUUGGCCAGCUGGGCACUGCUAACAUUUCAGUGAGCUUGUGCUGUGUGACGCAGGCUGCUGAAGAAGAGCUCCGCCCUAAACCUGACCGGCUGUGCUUCAGUCCAACUGGGGAGACUUCUCAGACCAAGGCUGCAGCGGCUGGAUCAGGAGGCGGUGGGAGGAGAGCAGGCCAGGAACAAAGAGACAGAGAGCAGAGAGCGAAAAUGUGCUGUCAAACGAAUACAAUUUUAUCCAGGAAGAAGUCCAUGCAGAAAGUCACAUUCUGGGCAAGUGAGAAGGAACGUCGCAUCAUGUACUGCCUGCGGUGUGAAAAAACCCAGGACAUACGGAGUACCCACCUUACCAGGGUGUGUAAUGAAGAACAGCACACCUGAGGAGAGGCAGGCAGAGUUCCAGAGGGCCGAGGAGAACACACCAAGAAUUGGACCCGCGAUCGGAGAGUCUAUGGCCGUGUCCGAAAUCACCCCCUAACUACUAUAUAGUGCACUAUAUACUGCCUUCGCCAUUUUGCAGUGGUGUCCGAAAUCACCCCCUAGAUUUCAUAUACCCUAUAUAGUGCACUGAAUGUAUCCCAGAAUGCAUCGUGAAAAGUAGUGGACAUCCGAUGGUCACUAACCGAGCAAUAUAUACCAUGAUGCAUUGCGCUCGCUGCGCCGGUAAACCGCGGACGGAAGAGACGACGGCGGCGCAGCGUGAGCUUGAGCGCGUCUCACAGCAGCAACACGUCUCAGCCUUCUCUCUGUUCUUGCUUUAUUUUGCCUAAUUUUUGUAAAAAAACAUUGAAUAAUGGUGAAAAAUAAAUAUAUACAUAUAUAUAAAAUAUUUUAAAUAUAAUAGGAUCGUCCACGGGCCGGGGUCAUUGUAGUUACGUCAUAAUCCUACGACAAAAACGUAAUUACCACCACGACUCAAGUAGUGUCCGAAAUCGUAGCUGGUGAGUGCACUAUAUAGCCCACUACAACAAAUUCCUUUAUAGUGAGUAGGGGGAAGUGAAUGAGUUGGUGAUUUCGGACACAGCCUAUGACAACGCUGAGAUGUGCAAGCUGUACACCCACAGAGCUAGAAGACUGAUGUUCCUUAAAGAUCUGCGCAGGAAAGGUAAACUUCCACUCUAUGUCAAAAAAUGAAUGGCAAUGUCCUGCCGGUGUCCCAAACUCCACACAAUGGACUUGCGUCCCAGUUAGGGGGUAUGGUGGCAGGUAACAGUCAGUGGAUAUCAAGUUGUGUUGAGGCAACUGUUCCUGAAGGUGGCGCUAGAGAGUUAGAGUUAGGUGGGGGAUCCAGGGUAUUGCCAUUGGACACUGGUAUCCCUAGCCCGCCCUAGGGAAGUGAGCCUCCGAAAGCAUCCAAUUCGCGAUACUUUGUCCACUUCAUUCACUUUGCCAUUUUUGUGUGUCCAUUUCGUGUAAGUUGUGAGCAUAUCACAGAACUUGUCAUUAAUUACAGUUAAUAUGUCCAUUUGAAAGGUUUGGGUAAUUGGCCUUUUUUCACACAAAACACACUCACUGGUCCAAAAAGCGACAUCGACGAAGGCGGGGGGCUUCGUGUCGGGUCGAGUUGCAGUCUUCCGAUUGCAUUGAAACUCGUUGUCCGCUCAGACUCGUCCAAUGGCAAUACCAUCGGUCAGGUGCAAGGUAUUGCCAUUGGACGCCGUGGUUACUAAUGUAACCCUAGUUCAGAAGUUAUUGCCAUUGGACUUUUGUCCUCUUCAAAUACCUUAGAGCUGGUAUCCGGGUAUCCCAAUUGGACAAUGGCAAGUCAUUGCCAUUGGACACCAUUGAAGGUAUUGCCAUUGGACACUGGGUGCCAACACAUUAUGAAAGUACUGCUUUUGUACAAAAUGGAGUCAGCAUGUCUGUGUUUUUUCUGCUUUUGGACAAAAUGAGUACAUUUGUCAGUUUAUUUUUUGUUAUGAGAGUAAUAUGAAUGAAAAUGUGUGCAAUUACAAAAUACACAGGACUCAGUAUUCACAAUUUAACCAUUUAUUUUAAAACACAACAUAAAACCAACACCACACACUAUUGGAACCAUAGAAGCAUAAAAAUCUUUGUUUAUCAAUUUGAACGCCCUUUGCUCCGUCCUGGGACCGAAGUGAUGGGACUGGGUGGGUGGAGAGUGCCAUUUCCGUCUCCUUCGGGAGAUGGGCUCAGUUCCCCUCACCUAACCCGGCCAGGUCCUCCACCCAGAACCCCCGUCACUCCGGUCCCCAAUCCGCAGACCUAACCCUAAUUUUGGGCACUAACCCUAACCACAGUCUCUACCCUGAUCUUGACCCUAAGUAAGGGCUGAUCCAAUGGGUUUGGGGAUUAUGGAGUUAACAGGCUUCAUGAAAACCUAAUCAGAGUUAAGAGGAGGAGCUCAGCAGAGAGUAUAAAGGGAGGAGCCCCAGUAAGGGAGCCUAUUUCUCACAAGCACAUCGAGCUGACAGGAUCGCUCAAGCUGUACUUUAAUCACAUGAAUUUACUUGAAUACUAUGAAUUUUGUGUCCCGCUGGCCUGAUGAAGACCAAGUCGGUCGAAACGUUGCCAAAGAGAGCCAGACACCAAUUCUUUUUAAAAACCUUUUUAUUUUGUAAGGCACAGUCUUCCCUACUUUUCGUAAAGUAUACUUACUUCAAUUUGAACACACUUUGCUCCGUCCUGGGACUGAAGUGAUGGGACUGGGUGGGUGGAGAGUGCCAUUUCCUCCUUCGGGAGAUUGGCCCCUCACGUCACCCGGCCAGGUCCUCCACUAAGGAAGUGAGCUCCCGAAACCGUACGUUGGCAAGAAGCGGCCAUGUAACCAAUCGGACACUUUUCGUCCCCCCGUUCCCCGGCCCCCCGGGGGUCCUAAAAAUAGGCGGUUGGCGUCAACGCACUCGCUGGGGGCAGGUCGAAUCCCCCCGAGGCCCCUCUGAAAAAAUUUCCCCUGCGGAGACCGGCCGCUGCAGCUGCGCGCCGGUCCACAGGGAGGCUCCCUCUCCAGCGGGGUAUUGGCAAUUGCCAGGGAAACUUUCCCCUGCAGGGGGUGGGGGGUUAAUGCCAUUGGACACUUUCAGUUGCAGGGGUAAGGGAAUCUUCCACUUUGUGGCUGAGAAUGAUUGGGCCUUUUCCUGCCAUUGGGCAAAGGUCGUCAAAAUGGACCUGCGUCCCAGUUAGGGUGUCAAAUGGCUGUGCCUUAGAUCACGAAUUGUAUGCCCGAGUGUGCCGGAGCAACUGCGCCUGUCGGUGGCACUAUGACUCCUUUCUGGGUUGGGGGGGGGGGGCCCGGGUAUUGCCGUUGGACACAGGGGCCCCG